AGUCUACUCGCCCAUGUGUAGCACGCUUGGGCACUAGCUCGCAUUUGAGAGAACCAACACCCUUGCUCCCCCCAUUUUCGUCAAAACCAACAUUCUGCAAAUUGAUACUGUAGUUCUCACUCUGAGUAGCAGCUACGGCUGUCGUUCCCGUGGCUGAGAGCCCUUGCCGUUGUGGUUCUAUUGUGGAGGCAGCGGGCGUAGCGACCGGGCGCAAGCAGCUGAGCGAGCGGUGGAGAACCAGUCGCAAAAGUCUGCGGAGUUGUGGGAUCCAGUGAGGCUCAAGCUCACGCCUCUUCCUGGGUCCCACACGCAAGCUCACGCCUCGUCUGGGUCCCACACAUACACACCGCACCGCACGUGCACCGCCGAGACCACCGCAAAGCAAGCGCAAGAGGCCGCGAGCUCGCGCGCGCGCGCCAGUCAACAUUGCUGUCCGCACCACUGCAGCGCCAAGCUAGCUUAGCGCCCAGUCAAGUGGCCCUUCACAUCCUCCUUCCGCGCCCUGUGGUCGCCGCGGCCUGUGCCUUUGCCUGGCGAGUACACAGCAGCACCAAAUCGACGCCGCUCUCGCUGCUAGCCAGCCGCGCGCUCCACCAGCUGCAGCAGCGGACUCGCUUAGCUGCAGCCAAAGAUGGCUGCUUGCUUUACGCGGUCGACUGUCUGCUGCCCAGCGCCUUCGCUGCGAAGGCACGAGUUGGGGCAGCGUGUCGAGGCAGCGCCGGUGUUCGGGUGGCAGCGCCGGCCGGCGUGUGUGAGCAUUUGCUGCAGCCUUGGCUUCUUGAAGAAGAAAGCCGAUCCAUCGACGCCGUCGUUGGGCUCCAAGGCGCUGGCUUGGGCCACAGAUGUCGGCCCCGUCGUCACAAUCAUCGGCACCGUUGCCUCCUUGGUGGUGGCUUGGAACACGGUUGUGAUACAGCCCAACAAGGCGCCGCUGCAGGAGCUAAGGACGGACUGGCAGAAGCAGCUGCAUGAGCUAAGGACGGACUGGCAGAAGCAGCUGCAGGAGCUGAGGACGGACCAGCAGCAGCAGAUUGAGCUGCUCACGACCCGCUUGGAACAGCGGCUAGGGCCUCUGAAGCCGCUGCCGGAGCGGGUGGCGCGGACUGAGGGCCAGGUGGAUGUGGUGCUGAAGCAGCAGACAGCGCUGCAUCUGCAUGACUUCGGCCCCCGGGCAUAAGAGCACCGCGCAAGGUUGCAAGGCUGCAAUGGCUCAAAGUUGGGCAGCUGCUGGCGCACGAUGUCGCCUGUGGCCCGUGGAGUCCUUCCAGGCCUUUGCCGUGGGCGCACCAUGCGCAGGCAGCAAUCUGCGAUCAAGCCUGGCGGCGGAGAUGGCAGAUUGGUGGCGAGUGAAAGAGCGUAAAGCUCACGCUUUGGCACUGUGGGGGGAACUAGCAGGCUACAGCCGUGUGGUGCCCAGGGGCAGGCUCGCCCAGAUGUAGUGUGUGGGCGUGCGGGCCGCUCAGCGUAGGGCACUGUGCACCAGUGGAGGCACUGGAGCAGGCCUUGGCGGCGAGCGGCCGUCGACUACGUUGAGGCAGAGGACGAGUUGGACAGUGGAAAGCGCCCGUGGUGCUGGGAGAGGGGUGCUGGCCGCUUGAAGGGCCCGCCCCCGUGCGUUUGGGGCAGCCCCCGGCUGUGCAGGGCCUUAGGUUGGUGCGUCGUUUUGCUGCUGGUGCGGGCCCCAGGGCGGUUUGGACUAGCCAGCCGCUGGCUGGCUGGCCGUAUGUAAUGCCCAUGAGCAGCAGGCGGGCCGUACACCAGCGCUUGGCCCUUCCCAGCCCUGCCCAGCUGGGACUCCCACACUGAAGGGCGGCUCCUUCCUCUCGGACCUUCUUCGUGGUGCUUGGCUUUGGGCUUCCCGCCAAGUAUCGACGUGCGUUGCGGAACUAAUGCGUACGUAGACCGGAGAGAGUGAGCGGAAGGCGGAGUGGGCUUGCAGACGGCACGAAAGCUGGCAGUCAGUAGCGCAAGUUGCAAAUUCACAUGUUACCUCGUAACCAAUGGUAAACGCCGUGGACGGUCGGGCCCAUGGCUGGCUGACGGAAGGUGGCUGCUGUGUUUGGAUGGCUGGGCUGGGCGACGGCGGGCGGGUGGGCGUUGGGACUACUAGAAAGG